AAAUAAGCCGCCAGGGGGCUAAUUCAAGGAUUUACGGUAUGGUAACCCCCGGUGGUUUGGUAUAAUAGUUUUGUUAGAUUCUUCCUGGUUGUGUUUGGAGUAUGAUGCUCAAAAAGUUGGUCUCCAUAUUGGAUAUUAAUCUGAAAGGCACAACACAACAGUAAGAACCCAUUAAAUUCUAUUCCAAAGACUAAAAUAAGCUCAAGGUUUCUUGAUUGAUUUUUGAUCUUUCAUUCUGAUAGGAUUUCCCUUGAAUGUUCAUUUUCUUGGGGCUACUGUAAAAAAGCCAAGGAGCACCGGUCCUGACCGUGAAGAAGCCAGAGAAGACCUGUUCGUUCUUCCAUUAGAGCAGGGUCCAAGCGAGAUUGGAAUUAACGUAGCAGAACUGCCCUCUGAUGAAAUGCUUUUGGAAAUCUCAACUAAUGAAUUUUUGACAUCAAUACAAGUUUUAGCUGCCUCAAGUGUCCCGUACUGUCUAGAAAACUUGUAGCAUGUCAGAAGAGGAACAGUAGAUUUAAGAAGGAGUUUGAUGCGUUUAAGGAGAGGAAAGAGGAAUUGCGAAACAAGCAGGUAUAUGUAAACAAUUCUUGCCUUUGUUUGCUAAAAUCUUGACCAGAUGAUAUUGAAGGGCUGCCAAUUUUCUUAAUACUCACACUUUUUAGCUGAGCCAAACCAAGUACCAAGGCUUAUAAGCUAGAUUGCAGAGUAUUGCAAGUGCACACCCGAGAUAAUUUUUUAAAAUGUCUUUGCACACCUUGUAAAGGGGUGAAAUUUGAAACCUGGGCGUGACAUGAGUGUAACCCAUGGACUAGGGCAAAUGAAGAUUCAAAGUCUCAUUAAAAUCAACAUAAUCUUGCAUUGAUUCGAUAACAAAAUAACCAUCAAUCAUGUACAUUGCUGAUAUUCCCUUCUUAAUGAAUAUUCUCGGAAUCUAACAUAAUUGGGUGUACUAUUGUGCACAAUAACACUUGCACACUUAAAUUUUGCUCUUGCACACCAAAGAUCUCGUUUGAAACUGCCAUACACUGUAGUCCUGCUUUUAGAGAAUUUCUUUGUUGAUACACAAAUUAUCCUACAAGGCUCUACAUGGCUGUGAUAAAAAUUUAAAAUAAAACUACAUAUGAGAUACAAAUAUACCUACUUGAGAUGGCAAAAUACUUUCAGAUGGAACAAUAAAAAUGGUCUGUUUGAAAAUUAUAUUCCUGAUGCUUGUAUCAUUAUUGUUUUACUGCGGGGCUUCUAAAUGCUGGGAUUCAUUUCCAGUUUUAGUGGAGAUGAAGAUGUAAUGGAGAUGAAGAUAUAAUGGUAGUGGAGAUGGAUAUGGUAGUGGAGAUGAAGAUGUAAUGUACGAUGUUUUGGAGUAUAGUGCAAAUUUAGAUUCCAGUGGCAGUGAUGUUGAUAAUGAUGAAAAAGAAUAUUCUGACCCAGAGUCCCCAGAGAAAGUUGGAAAGGCUAACAGGAACAGAAAAGAAAAUGCAAUCAAGUAAGUAUCUUUUUAAUUAAAAACCGAGUAGAAAUGUAUAGUACCAAGGUUUUGAUUUGGGAACAUUUUGAAACCAAAAUUUGCAAUGGGUGAGCCCUUUGUUUUUAUUUGCUCUGCCAAUGCAAAAGUCAGUUUAAAUUCCUUAAAAAAAUUGAGAACAAUGGAAACAUGGUGUAAACACAUUUGUUUACAGUUUUGUUUUCAAGCCCCUUAACCUUUAGCCCAUUUGUUUAUAGAAUGAAACUUGAUGUAGAAUUACCUUCCCACCACUGAUGUCUAAAAUUGUCAAGUACUCCAUCAUUUUGAUACAGUUAACUAAUUACAGUCACAUUUUUUCUACAGCACUGAUGAGAAUGUCCCUAUCCAAGAUGAGCCCAAAUUCAUUGUAUUCCAGUCAAUGUUGGUUGGACUUUUCUCUUUGUUCUGUUUUAAAUGUGGCGAAACCAGCUCUUGAAAAUUACAAAGUACAGGACAAUGGUAAAGGUCAUUUAAGCCUGUAAGAACUGCAAAGGGCCCUUCCUAUGGGGCAGCCAGCCGUUAGUCCUAGGGCAGAUUACCACUGGUAAUAUUUCACUAAGUUUUGCUGCAAGUGCAUCUAUCAGCAAAGUUCUGCUCAUUUUGCGACACAUGGGUGUAUGCUGCUAUACUGCAUGAAUUUGUUAAAGCAUCAGAAAAAGUUUUUGUUCACAACGAUUCUGAGUUACUGGGACAAUUGCAGAGAAACAAUGUUAGCAGCCCUCAGACCAAUGAAGAAUCCUAUCUGGAGUGGAGAUGGCAGAUUCGAUUCCAUGGGUUACAAUGCAAAAUAUGGCAUAUAUUCCAUGUAUUGCACGUCCCACUCCAACUGUAAUGUUUUGAAUAAAUUAACAUCUUAUGACGUAAUGGGACUUAGAGUUAGUUGUAGAGCACGAGGCCAUGGAGUCAAACGUAUUAUAUGUGAGCACAUGAUUAGGCCCUUUUUAACAACAUAACAUUUGGCGACGAGGAUUAAAACAAAAAGCAGAUAAUGUGGAGGGAAAGCACAUGCCAUUUCUGUUAAGUUUCAAAAUUUAAGCUGGCGACAGCAGCACAAUUAGAUUUAUUACCGCUUCCACCGUUCCACCCUGUGUCCGACACGACGUCCAUAAGCCAACGAUGGCAACAAUGGAAACGCCGUUUCGAAACUUAUUUACUUGCCGUGAAUAUAACUGAUGAUGCUCAGAAACGUGCCUCACUUUUGUACCAAGCAGGUGCCGCCACUCAAGAAAUUUUCGAUUCCCUCCCAGUUGAGCAAAAUGAAGCUACAGAUUACAAUACAGCAUUGGCGAAACUUGACACUUACUUUGCCCUGCAAAAAAAUGUAGACUUUGAAAUUUUUCAACUUCGCCAAGCCAAACAGAAGAUUGGAGAAACUACUGAUCAAUUUGCUACACGACUUUGCAAACUUGAUACAAACUGUGAAUUUACAGAUUUAGAUAAGGAAAUUAAAUCUGCGAUUAUACAAAACUGCUCGUCUAAGCAACUCAGAAGGCUUGCUUUGCGGGAAGAGAAGCUUACACUUGCUGUGUUGUUAUCUGGAUAGACAAGCUAAAGUUAUCUGGAAGUGUUAUCUUGUUAUCUUGGUAAAGUUAUCUUGUUAUCUGGAAGCCAGCAAUACACAAGCUAAAGAUAUAGAAGAAAGUCUCAUGCAAGUGGAAACUGCUCAGGUGGUUCGUAAGCCUCAGCUGGAAACCUGUUUCAACUGUGGUUUUUCAUUGCCUCACCGUACUUCCCCUUGCCCCGCCAAGACUCAAAGUUGAUGCAAAUGUGGGCGUGUUGGACAUUUUGCUGAAGUCUGUAAAAGCCGUGCGAAACAACAGCGUGCCGUUAACGACCGGCCUACGCAAGACCAUAAGAAAGGAGGUCAUAAAUUCGCAAAUCAAAAAGGAAAAAUACUUCAUGUACAUGGAAAAGCACCUCAACAUACACAAGAGCCUACCCCAGAGUCUAGCCGCGACAAAGGUUAUUUGUUUACGUGCGAUGAUCAACGCGAAAUAAAGAUGCCGCUAGUCCGUGUAAAAAUUAAUAACACCCCUGUGAAAAUGAUUUUGGAUACAGGAGCAUCGAUUGAUAUUUUGGAUAAAUCAACAUUUCAUCAGGUCAAGGCAGCUAAUAAUAUCCAUCUUUUUCGUUCAAUGACAAAGCUUUUUGCAUAUGGUUCUGAACAACAGCUUCCAGUUUUAGGAAAAUUUCAUGCCACGAUCGAAACAAAGGACAGAACCGUUUGUCUACAUGUGGUUCGAAGCAAUUCUGGAUCUUUGCUCAGUUACACAACGGCUGCUGACUUAAAUUUGAUUCAGAUUAAGCUAAAUCCAGUGAAAACAGGACGAUCUACCCCUGCCACUACCGAGAAUUUGGAAGCCAAAUACCCGGAACUAUUUGAUGGAAUAGGAAAGCCUAAAGACCAUGAAAUCAAACUGCAUAUCGAUAGCACCGUUUCGCCAGUCGUUCAGCCUGCAUGACGUAUACCAUUUCAUUUGCGGAAAAAAGUGUCGCAAACUCUGCCUGAUUUGGAAGACCAAGGCAUUGAGGGUGCCGUAAAUAUCAGCGACAAUGUUAUCAUUUAUGGUAACACCCAAGCCGAUUAUGGCCGCACGUUACAUGCGGUAUGCAAACGAUUCCAGGAUAUGGGGUUGACAUUAAACAAGGCAAUGUGCGAGUUGAACAAGAAGGAGAUCACGUUUUUUGGCUAUGUGUUUUCUGACACAGGAAUCUCUGCCGACCCCAUGCAAUUCACAACGCCACGGCCAUAGUCAGUCAAGGAUAUUCGCAGUUUCUUAGGGAUGGCAAACUACUCUGCAAAAUUUAUUUCACAAUUCAGUGAUAUCAGCGAGCCCUUGCAAAAUUUAACAAAGAAAAACAGUGUUUUCCGGUGGACCUCUAAGGAACAAAAGUCAUUUGAUAGCAUCAAGUUGGUAUUGACUAGUGACAGGGUGAUGGCAUAUUUUGACCAGACAAAACAAACUGAGUUGUUUACGAAAAUUUGGUUUCCUAACAUCGACAAAUUGUCUACCAUGCCAAGCCAUUGGUCCGGAAAAUAGGCCUGCCCCAUUACAUAUGAACAAACGGCCUCUGAAGCGCUGGCAUACCGUACACAUUGAUCACUAUGGACCGUUUCCUACCGGAGAAUAUAUUCUCGUAGUCAUCAAUGCUUACUCUAGAUUCCCAGAAGUGGACAUUGUGCAUUCCACAUCAGCCUCUGCGACAAUUGCUAAACUAGAUCAAAUUUUCGCAACACAUGGAUUGCCCCACGUUGUUAAAAGUGACAAUGGCCCACCAUUGUGCUGACAUCAAGGAUUACAUGAAAGAAAAGGGCAUACAUUUUCAACCCAUAACACCGUUGUGGCCCCAAGCCAAUUCCGAAGCUGAGAACUUUAAGAAACCAAUGACUAAAGCCAUCAAAACAGCACAAGUGGAGGGGAGAAAUUCGAAAGAAGGGCUUUAUAGAUUCGUUCUAAAUUACCGUGCCACUCCAAACACAACGACAAAAUAUCCUCCAGCACAGCUACUUUUUAAUCGCGAAAUUCGAAUAAAGUUGCAAGACACAGUGGAAAAGAGUCUAUCGCCCUUGGACAAAGAAAUUCACAAAAACGACACACAGGCAAAGGCAACGAUGAAGCAAAAUGCGGACUGGAAAAGAGGAGCUAAGGAACUUAAAAUGAGUAUUGGCAAACUGGUACUAAUUCGACAAAAAAAGAGAGACAAGUUAACAUCCAAAUUCGAUCCGAAGCCUUUUCGUAUAGUACAAAUAAAAGGAACGAUGAUCACAGCUUGUAGAAAUGGACAAUACGUAACAAGGAACAUUUCAUUUUUCAAGCCAAUUCAGGAAAGAAAGGAUUUGGAAUUUUAUAAUGAUGCAGAUGAUGAAGAAUCAUUAGAAAUACCUGCGACCGGAGAAGGGCAGCAAGAAGAAGCAGACACCCAGAAUAAUGCCAGAUAUCGACAAAGAAUAAGAAGAAGAGUUUUGGACAAAACAUUCACGAUACGUAAGCAGAAAGUACUGUGAGUUUAAUGCUUUCACUUAUUUUAUUUGAUUUUCAGAUGUUUAAAAAAAAAAUUUUUUGUUGUCGUGUAGACCUAGUUAUCUUACUAUUAGAAAGUUUGGACUUGCUAAUUUGAACUUUAAUUAACUUUAUAUUUUAGCCCCAGACACUAAUCUGAAGAAAGGGAGAGAUGUAAUGUUUUGAAUAAAUUAACAUAUUACUACGUAACGGUACUUAGAGUUAGUUGUAGAGCACGAGGCCAUGGAGUCAAACAUAUUAUAUGUGAGCACAUGAUUAUGCCCUUUUUAAAAACAUAGCACCAACAUUGUUCAUUUUGAACUUCAGCAGGUUUGUAAUUGGUUUUUUGUGUUUAAACACAUAUCAAGGUGAAAAUUUAAUCAGAUGUUUAUAUAGCUUCUGUAACAAAUUGUGGAUAAUUCUCAAUUUAAUUUUUGUUGAUAUUUCAGUGUUUGUGUCAGACCGCCAUACUGGGUUAGCUAAAUGGAUAGGGACCAGACAAGCACCCAACACUUUUACUGCAUUUGGCAUGUAGAAAUAUUGCUCAAGCUGCAAAAGAAAAAGGUUUAGGGAGUUUGCAGCAUUCGAUCAAGGGAAUCAGGUGGCAUUUUUACUGGUGUAUUUUAUCAACACGGCGAGGGGUUGGCAUGCUAAUAUACGCCAAAUGGGCAUCUAUUAUGAGACAUGUUGCAGACAAGUAUGAUGGCCAUGUCAACCCCCUUUUUCCCAAAUGUAAGCAUUAGGAUUUGAAGCAGAUUGGGACGGGGAACCUUGCAUUUACCUUCAGGGAAAACACAAAUGGUAAUGUCCCUUGUUUGAUGAACUAUUGAAGCAGCAAUAAGAGUCAUUUUGAAUAAUGAAAUAAAUAAUUAAAGUAGCAAAGGUAACAUUUUAGUUUCGUGCCAUCACUAUGUUUUCGUAUAAGAAACUUGGCAAUGUACAUUAAUCUAUGAUUAAAUUUCAGGGACGCCAGCAUACAACAAGCUGGACUCAAUUUUAAUGAACAAAUGGAUUGUGUGUGAUAUCAAGAAAAUUUUUCCCGAUUUGCAGACAAGAUGCUUGGAAGGCUAUCAUUCAUUUCUCAACCAUAGGGACCCAAAAAUGUUGUGCUUUUCACUUGUGAGAAUAAAAUGCAGGUUUUUGUCUUUUUCGCAAUUUUGUUUGAAACUAGUCCAUUAACUAAUUCUUUUUGUAUUACAUAGUGAAAUUCGGUAUCCCUGAAGGCUCACAGAUCAUUUGAUGAUUUUUUGAAAGUCAUUAAAAUGUUGUGUCCAUUCCAUUAUAGGCCCAGCUCUGUUUUAAAGUAAUUUUAAGACAUUAUUUUUAUUGUUAUUAUAAUAGUAUGAUGUAUUAAGUAAUCCUUACCAAACACUGUUAACAUUGGUUAGUUUUGUGUCUAUUUUAUUUUUUAUUGCUUUCUCAACUUUUUCAAGGACAGUACUUGCAGUUCUUUACUUCAAUGAGAAUGUUCAACAGGAAAGAUGAACAAAAAUGACAUGAGAAAAAUCCCUGCAUGUGUCUUACCCAAAAUACAAAUUUGGCGAUGAAGUUGUUCAACAAGAAGCUGUCAACUCAACAUACAGUGAGAUCUAAAUGUUCAUUUAAUUUGGUGUGAAAUAACAUUAAAUGUUCAUUUAAGUUAUUUGCUGUACAAUUACUAUUUUUCCCCAAGAAACUGAUUUCUGAGAAUCUAGUACUGAGAUGUAUCUGCUUCAUGGUUAAAACUGUUAAUUAUUACAUUUUGUACAGAUAUAAAUUCACUUCCAAAUUUUGAAUACUUUGAAGUAUUUUUUGAAUCAAGCUUGAAACUUUACCUCCCUUUUUACAGGCUAUGUCAGUGACCUCAGACAGUUGCUAUUUUCCAUGCCCAAAGACAGAAUGAGCUCUGUAAUGGAGAGAGAGAGGCAGAACUGUUUCCUGAUACCCUUACAAAUCAGACCCAGGACAGGGCAACAAUACAAGAAGCCAUUAAUGUAUGCGAGACAAGACAGCGAGUGAUUACAACCUUAUUUCCUUCAGUUGAAGAGCAGGAUAUUCUGCCAGUGCAGCAAACAAUGCAAGAUUCAGCAGAAAGUUUCAGUGCAACGAAAAAGAGAAGACCUUUUGUCAGUCAUUGAAGAAAAUUUGGACUGCCAUGAAAGGGACAUACAUGUCACAAUCCACCUUCAAAAUAAAAUUUAGUUUAUUUUGUUCAAUUUGUUCAGCUGCACAAUAUGGUGAGGCUCUUCUUAUGUUUUUGCUUAGUCACUUAAAUUUUCUAAAUGUGCGACAUAGGAGGAAUAAUGUAGAGACUUUAAGCAUCACCAACCCCAACCUCAACCUUAACCUUAGAAUCAUGAGUUCAUAAUACGUCCACUCGCAUCACCAGACAUGUGAACACAAUAGCAGCAUGGGGCAAUGAGAUAUUAGAUGGCCGUUGAUAAAUUCCUAAAUUUGACUUUUUAUUAAUUCGAUUAAAGUGCAAAUCUCAAUCGCAAAACCAAAACAUCUAGAAAUGGCAAGGAGUUAUUUUCUUCCUUUUCAAAUGUAAAAUGUAGGGCUGUGUGAAAGCCAUUCAGGCGUUUUAGGAAAAUAUCACACUCAGCCUCUGUUUUGAAAAUGGUAUAUAUAUCAUCCACAUACCCAAAAUAAACACCUGGCUUUUGAUCGCAGUCAAACAAAUGUCCUUCAUGAAAGCCAACAAAGAUAUUGGCCAAGGCCGGUAGUUUCUGUAGCCAACACUUUUGAGUUGACCAGUUCCAACAAACGUUUUUGGAAUUUCUGCUCUAGUUUGGCCGUUUUGUCCUGUGUUUAGACAUCACCCAAUUUAGCGAUUUUCCUUUGUCAUGGAGAAUUACCUGCAUUUUUUGAUGUAGUCCUUUUUGUUCAAAAUUACCACUCCAGACCCUUUAUCAGGUUUUGUAAUAAAGAUGUCAUUGUUAGCCAGUAGAGAUUUUGGUGCUUGGAAAAUGUUCUCUAUGGAAAAGAAAAUCAGAGUGGUCGAUGGGAGAGCCAAUAUACGCUAAUACCAAAUCGCUUAGUUGUGCUCCUAAUUUGCUAAACUCCAAAGGGUUUGAAACCUCAUGUUUGGCAAGUUGAGCGUUUAAAAUUUUGAACUCGCAAAAAGUUCCUCUCUGUUAAUUGUUGCAAAAUUCAAGUCUAUUAUCUAAGAGAAAUGUUUCAGUAUCAGAUCAUUUGUUUAAAGAAUGACUCUAGCACAAGCUGGAAGGGGGGGGGGGAAGGUUCUCAUGCCAAAAUUGCAAAAAUAUCUAUGUUCCUUUCUAGGGAGGCUGUAAUAUUAUCAGAAUUAUUAUCAUAACAUGAAAAUGAAUUUUAUUGGCUUAAUACAUAGCUACAUCUUGUUGAAAAACUGUUAGCUAUUUAUUAUCAUUUGACAACUAAUGCCAUUUUGGAAUUCCUCGCAUACAUCACGAUAAUUCAAGUGCCUUUCCAUUAUAGGUUCUUGUAGUAUCGAUUCUGCCAUGGCUCGAUGAGGCAGACAUCCGACUCGGCCAUUACAAUUAUAUGAUGGCAAGAGAGGCAUCUGCUUCAAAUGUUGCAGAUGCAGACAAUGAUUAUGAUCGCUGGGACCUUUCUGGUCGAACAAAGACAGCGUCCAUUUAAGUGCAAACUUUGGUCUGCCACGACUCAUCUCAUUAAUCGUGGAUCAACUUGAGAAAAUCUAAGCCGAGGUUGAAGACACAUAAAAGACGAGGGGGCCAAGGUUAUGCCCUGCAUUCAUUUGGAGGGAGCUGAAAAACCAACACCCUCUUGGUGAGUUUUUGAUGAAAGAAACUGUAAAGCACAUGCACCUGAAAGAUAGCAGCUUCUAUCUGAAUAAGAUAAAAGUCAGUUCAUGAGUCGAUAUGUGUUUGUUUGAGAGUGUUUUCCAGCCUUGGAUUUUGUAAUGUCAGAAAGAGCCUUCAUCAUUAUGGCCUGAUGGUUUUAAAAUCAUAGUUUAGCUGGAAAAUACCUGCAUUUCUCAAGUCUACACUAAUCAUAAUUGUUUCCAUUUUUUUCCUAUUUAUUUGAUAAUUUUUUUCUUCAGGCAAACAAUUGAUCAAAGCUGAAGAGGAAGCCAUGCCUUUGAAAGUAACAAAAAUUGAUAAAAGAAAAAGAAUCAGCUAUGUGUAUGUCAUUUUUGGAUUCCAUUAAACAUUAAUUCAUUAAACGUUAUGCACUUUCAGCAACAGAGAACCAUGAUUUCAAAAUUAUACAUAAAAAAUUAUAAAUUGUGCUCUCUUAAAAGAUGCAAUGUAUCACUAUUGUUUUAUAUUGCUUUUGCAAGCAAAAUGUUAAUAAAUUUAAUUACCAACUACCUAUUAAUUACAUUUUAUACUUUCUUGAAGAUAAAAAACAAGUGCCAAAAUUGGAAAACAACCCACUAAGAAGAAGAAGAAAAAAGCAAAAAACGACAAUUGACCUGGAGAAGCAGCCCAAGAGAAUGGAAGAUCCUGCUCGUAGAAUGGCUGCAGAAGGAGAGGUGCCGCCAGUAGUUGCUAGCGUUAUACAUAAGUGUGUCCCUUUAUCAACAAACGUAUCCGUAGACAAACACCUUGGGACUAUAUCGCCUGAAAUACAUAUCAACAGUAUGGUCGAAAAAUUAAAGCAGCUUUAUGACAUAACAAGGCAGGAACAUGCGGUUUUGUAUGGUAAUGUGUACCAUGACUUAAAGUCCCUUGACGUCUGCAGAAGUUUCAUAAAGCAAAAAUAAAUUAAGUAUAAGAUAGAGAUCGAAAAUUAAUGGCUUAGAAAGGUUUUGGGCUUUAUUGAGCACCCUCCAGGUAUAAAUAGGCCUGAUAUAUAUUGCCUGCGAUCUGAUUACAAAAGUACAGGAAAGGCCUGACAAUCACAAGUAUCCCUCCUUGCAGUUGUCUGUUUGAUUGUAUAUUGUAUAAUAGAUUCUAUAGCAAAUCUAAUAAACCAUGAUAUCAAAGACACAUUUGCCCUUUACUAUAACUUUGAAUCUGGUAUAGAAUUUAUUCCUCUAAUGGGCGUCAAGCUAACCCUCACAAACCACACACCAUUCGAACUGUAAUUUCUUGCUCUUUUCAAUGAGCCUACCAUCUUUAUUGGGUCUCCUAUUGAGAAGGAUAGAAUUAUGGUUUUCCAUUGGUCGAAAAGAUGCAAAACGUUCGAUAUUCAAAUUUGAUUGGCUAAAAAUGAUCACAUGAUCAGUAUUCUAUUGUUCAAAAAUGGCGUCUUGCCUACCAGCAAAAUUUGAAAGCUGUUGUGUGGUGUGGAGAUACGUUCCCUACUUUCGGAGUUCGCGGUGAAUCUACUUUACUAUUUAUGUUAUCGCGUGUAUUGGCUUUACUAUCAACUGUUCCUCAAACUGACAUAUUCGAACUUCAUGGCAAGACAUCCCAAGCUAGGCCCCUUUGUUUACUCGUUGUUUUGGCAAAGUGAAAAAGCGUUGGUGUUAUUCGAAUUUCCUUUUUCGCCAGACUUGAUCGGAAUUGAUUUCAAAUCUUCUUGUUUUCUGAACAUGGGUAGACCACAGAAAAACAACCUGAAAUAUUGGUUGGACAAGCAACCACGCUUUAUUUUUUGUGUGGAUGUGACUCAAGGUUAGCCCUCCAUUCUUCAGAUUUGUCCAGAAAAUCAAAGCAUUUUCAAGUAAAUGACAGGCUGCAGGUUGCAACGUAUGAAAUUGGAUGCCAUUAUGAAGCUGCAAGAAACUUCUGUGCCAAUAUGGACCUUCCACCACCGGUUUCAUUCAAACCAUUGAAUAAGAACAAGGCAAGGAUCCACGAGGCAUUCAAAGCAGAGUCUUCCAAGAGCAAGAACAAAGCUGCUUCAGAAGUAAAAGUUGCCAAAGGGGAUGAUGUCACUGUCUCUUGCGAUGGAACUUGGCAAAAGCGUGGAUUUGCAAGCAAGAAUGGUGUUGUGACAGUUGCAACAGUCAAUGGACUUAGUUCCAAAAUAAUUGACACUGAGACCUUGACAAACCAUUGCAAUAAAUGUAAAGCAACAACAAAUGGCAAUGAAACUGCACAUAAAUGCCAGAAGAAUUAUGAAGGAACUGCAGGGUCUAUGGAAGGUGAAGGUGUCAAAAGAAUUUUCAAGCGGUCACAACAACAGUAUGGCUUAUCAUAUGUUGGAUACUUGGGAGAUGGUGACUCAAAGAGCUUCAAAAAUCUGAGUGAGGCAGUGUCACCAAUCUACCAAGGGAAACAAAUUGAAAAAUUAGAAUAUGUUGGUCAUAUUCAGAAAAAAAUGGGGAGAAAAUUGAGCAAUCUUGUUUUCAAAUGUAAAAAUAAGAUUUUUAUCAACAGUGAUGGAAAGAAAGUGAAAAGAAAUUGGAGGGAAAAGGAAGUUGACAAAAAAGGACAUUUACGGGAUUCAAGGACAUUAUGGAGCAGCAAUAAGAAAACAUGUUUGAGAUGAAAAUAGAAUGAGAAAGGCAGUUUGGGCCAUUUUUCAUCACAGAUAAGGGGACCAUUCGAUGUGUGAAGAAUGGUGCCUGUCACAACGUGGUAACCUUGAAAAGGCCAAUGCCAGAAUGCUGCCAAGUUUUGUCUUGGAUGAAAUGAGGCCUGUAUUUGAGAUCCUUACUUCAACAGAGCUCCUUUCAAGGUGCAUGCAUGGAGGAACUCAAAAUGUGAAUGAAUCAUUUCAUCACCUCAUCUGGUCCCUGUGCCCUAAAGAAAUUUUCGUCAGCUGGCGGCGACUGCAAAUAGCUGUUUCCUCUGCCACAUUGCAAUUCAAUGAGGGAAAAGCUAGCAAACUUGCUGUAUGUGACAACCUUGGCUUGUUCCAUUCAAGCUAUCAGCCGAAAUAUGCUAGCAUGAUGGACAAGCUAAGAGUCACAACCUCUCAUGUAACUGAAGUCCAGAAAACAAAGCGGAAGAAGAACCAAGAAGCAACAAGCUUGAAAAUACAUUCAAGUGAAUAUGGUCCUGGAAUCUGUGAAAAUGCAGAAUAACUGCUUUAGCUUGUUUCCAGGAACUUUAGAAUAAGGUCCUCUAUCAUAAAAUAUUAAAUAUACAUUUUUCCUGCAAGUGAAUAAAGCAUAAGAGUCCAUAAAGCCUUUAACUA